AUGAGCAACACCGAGAGAACCUUCAUUGCCGUGAAACCUGAUGGAGUCCACCGUGGACUCGUCGGAAAAAUCAUCGCUCGUUUCGAGGAGCGCGGAUUCAAGCUCGUUGCCCUCAAGCAAUUGACUGCCUCGAAGGCCCAUCUUGAGGUUCACUACCAAGACCUUAAGGACAAGCCAUUCUUCCCAUCCCUCAUUGAGUACAUGAGCUCCGGCCCAAUUGUCGCCAUGGUCUGGCAAGGACUCGAUGUUGUCAAGCAAGGACGUGUCAUGCUCGGAGCUACCAACCCACUCGCUUCCGCCCCAGGAACUAUCCGCGGAGAUUUCGCCAUCCAGACCGGACGCAACAUCUGCCACGGAUCCGAUGCCGUCGACUCUGCUAACCGCGAGAUUGCUCACUGGUUCAAGCAAGAGGAGAUCAACGACUACGCCAGCCCAUUCAUCAACUCCUGGGUCUAUGAAUAA